CGCCGCUGUCGGAGCCGGGGACCGCGGCUGUUCGCGCAGGCUGCGCCGGUGCUCUGCUCCUCCGCUGGCCGGGGCCGCCCGCCGCCUCCAGCCUGGAGCCGCAGGAUCCGCCGCCGCCCUCAGGCUCUGCCCCUUGCUGUUUAGUAAAAGAAGGAGUUUAAGGAGUUGCCUCUGCAAUUUACUCACAUAAUCCCAGCAGGGCCAACAGACUGACAGCUUUCGAAGAAGAGGAGCUACGCGCAUCUAAGGAUAAACCACUUCGAAACAGCUCUGAGGGUAAAGCCAACCUAGAAGACUUUGAUUCUAGGAUACAAGGCAACUCAUCAGUGUACCUCAACUCCAUGCAGAAAAGUUAUUUGGACAAGAAAUUCCUCCAGAGAAAAGGACAUGUGCUAUUCAAGGUCACUUGGUGCCUUGGCAAACCUGAUUCAUGAAAUGGAAUGAAGCUGAAAAACCAUCUACGUCUUUGUCUGUGAAUUUGCAGUAAGAUUGGGAUGGUCUCAGGUGCACACAUCUAGACUACCUGCAGCAAUGAGUUCAGACGAGAAGGGCAUAUCCCCUGCUCAUAAAACGUCCACUCCAACCCAUAGAAGUGCCUCCUCUUCAACAUCCUCCCAGCGGGACAGUAGGCAGAGCAUCCACACCCUGGAGAGGACUGCUUCCUCUAGCACCGAGCCCUCUGUAAGUCGCCAUUUCCUAGAACCGGAGCCAGUCCCCAUCUCCAAGGAAGCUGACAGCUGGGAAAUUAUAGAAGGGCUGAAAAUAGGCCAAACCAAUGUCCAGAAACCAGAUAAACAUGAAGGCUUUAUGCUGAAGAAAAGAAAAUGGCCUUUAAAAGGCUGGCACAAGCGUUUUUUUGUCCUGGAUAAUGGAAUGCUAAAAUAUUCAAAGGCACCACUUGAUAUUCAGAAGGGGAAGGUCCAUGGAAGCAUAGAUGUCGGACUGUCCGUCAUGUCAAUUAAAAAGAAAGCUCGGAGGAUAGACCUUGACACGGAGGAGCACAUCUAUCAUUUGAAGGUGAAAUCUCAGGACUGGUUUGAUGCCUGGGUCUCCAAACUGCGCCAUCAUCGCUUGUACCGGCAGAAUGAAAUUGUGAGAUCACCGAGAGAUGCGAGUUUUCACAUAUUUCCUGCAACCUCCACCGCUGAGUCCUCCCCAGCUGCUAAUGUUUCUGUUGUGGAUGGAAAGGUGCACCCCAACAGCUUUCCAUGGCAGUCCCCGCUGCCGUGCAGCAACAGCCUCCCUGCGACCUGUACGACUGGCCAGAGCAAAGUGGCAGCCUGGCUGCAGGACUCAGAGGAAAUGGACAGGUGUGCAGAAGAUCUUGCACACUGCCAAUCAAACCUUGUGGAACUUAGCAAACUCCUGCAAAAUUUGGAGAUACUUCAGAGAACUCAGUCAGCACCUAACUUUACUGACAUGCAGGCUAACUGUGUAGAUAUUUCAAAGAAAGACAAGCGAGUCACAAGACGCUGGAGAACAAAAAGUGUCAGCAAAGAUACAAAAAUACAACUGCAGGAAGGGCCACCUGCGAAGGGCCAGUUCAGCACAACCCGGCGCCGGCAGAGGCUAGCAGCAGCAGUGGCUACCACAGUCCCUUUCAGUGCCACCAUGUCGCCGGUUCGCUUGCAUUCCUCCAACCCCAACCUUUGUGCAGAUAUUGAAUUUCAGACUCCCCCUAGCCACCUCACUGACCCUCUGGAAAGUUCAACGGAUUACACAAAGCUGCAAGAAGAAUUUUGUCUAAUUGCACAGAAAGUGCAUUCUCUCUUGAAGUCUGCAUUUAAUAGCAUAGCUAUAGAGAAAGAGAAGCUGAAGCAGAUGGUUUCAGAGCAAGAUCACAAUAAAGGCCAGAGCAUGCAGAUGGCCCGGCUGCGACAGUCACUGUCUCAGGCACUCAACCAGAAUGCUGAACUAAGGAGUCGGUUGAACAGAAUACAUUCAGAAUCUAUUAUUUGUGAUCAGGUUGUCAGUGUAAAUAUUAUUCCUAGCCCUGAUGAGCCUGGUGAGCAAAUCCAUGUCAGUCUCCCCUUGUCCCAGCAAGUAGCCAAUGAGAGCCGCCUCUCCAUGUCAGAGUCUGUGUCUGAGUUCUUUGAUGCCCAAGAGGUACUCCUGUCUGCAAGUUCAUCAGAGAAUGAGGCUUCAGAUGACGAGUCUUACAUCAGUGAUGUGAGUGAUAAUAUCUCAGAAGACAACACCAGUGUUGCAGACAAUAUUUCUCGGCAAAUCCUGAACGGGGAGCUCACGGGCGGUGCCUUCCGAAACGGGCGGCGCACAUGCCUGCCUGCUCCGUGCCCCGACACCAGUAACAUUAACCUGUGGAACAUCUUGCGGAACAACAUCGGCAAAGACCUCUCGAAAGUCUCCAUGCCUGUGGAGCUCAACGAGCCGCUCAACACUCUGCAGCACCUGUGCGAGGAGAUGGAGUACAGUGAGCUCCUGGACAAGACUUCAGAGACCGAUGACCCCUACGAGCGCAUGGUUCUCGUUGCUGCAUUUGCAGUUUCAGGCUAUUGCUCCACCUAUUUCAGGGCAGGAAGUAAGCCAUUCAAUCCAGUCCUGGGGGAGACGUACGAAUGCAUUAGAGAAGACAAGGGAUUCCGAUUUUUCUCAGAACAAGUUAGCCAUCAUCCACCCAUUUCUGCUUGUCACUGUGAAUCAAAGAAUUUUGUGUUUUGGCAAGAUAUCAGAUGGAAAAACAAGUUCUGGGGGAAGUCGAUGGAAAUCCUGCCUGUUGGAACACUGAAUGUUAUGCUUCCAAAGUACGGAGAUUACUACGUGUGGAAUAAAGUCACUACAUGCAUACACAACAUCCUCAGUGGGAGAAGAUGGAUAGAGCAUUAUGGAGAAAUAACCAUUAGAAAUACCAAAAGCAGUGUUUGCAUUUGCAAACUCACAUUUGUCAAGGUGAAUUAUUGGAAUUCCAAUGUGAAUGAAAUACAGGGGGUCGUGACAGAUCAGGAAGGGAAGGUAGUGCACCGGCUGUUUGGGAAGUGGCACGAAGGACUCUACUGCGGCGUGGCCCCCUCGGCCAAGUGCAUCUGGAGACCAGGUUCCAUGCCAACCAACUAUGAGCUCUACUAUGGCUUCACACGGUUUGCUAUUGAGCUCAAUGAAUUAGAUCCUGUACUCAAAGAUCUCCUCCCAGCGACAGAUGCCCGAUUCCGGCCAGAUCAAAGAUUUUUGGAAGAAGGAAAUUUAGAAGCUGCAGCAGCAGAGAAGCAAAGAGUAGAGGAGCUCCAGAGAUCUAGAAGACGAUACAUGGAAGAAAACAACCUUGAACAUAUGCCAAAAUUUUUUAAAAAAGUUACUGAUGCGAAUCAAAGAGAAGCCUGGGUUUCUAACAACACCUAUUGGGAGCUUCGAAAGGACCCUGGGUUUAGCAAAGUAGACAGUCCUGUUCUUUGGUAAACUGGGAAUGUAGAGCUAGCCCACAUAUCACACUCUGAAUGAAUAAAUAACUAUGCACAAUUAUGUUUCUUAUAGCUACGCGUGGUUUCUGGGUUGACUGAAAAACCUACCAUUUGCUUUUCUAUUCAUCUUUAUAAUGGACUUUCAAAAGUGCAUUAGACAAAGCCCCUAACCACUUUUGGAUCCUUUCUGUUUUGCUGCAACCAUUCUCCUUAAAAAAAAAAAAAAAAAACCCACACCCUCCUCAGAAAGCGGAAUAAAAGGAGCAGAAUCUAAAAUCCAAAGUCUGAAGGAUUUGUAAAGAAAACCAAACUGUAACUGGUGCUGAAUCCUGAUCAAGAGGGUUAAAAAACAAUAUAUAAACCACACGUUUGGUCCAUUGUCUGGAAGCACCAUCCCCUUUCUCUUAACAGCUCCGGGGCCACAGCAGUUGGUCAGUUCAGACGUCAAGUGUGUUCUGUUGUGGUGUGCCGGCCUCCCCAAAAGAAGUGAUGCUUCCAGGGCCUGUGCCAUCUGUAUGUCAUUGUUUAUGCCUUAAGAGAUGCAAAGAUGUACAAUAAACCAUUUUUUAAAUGUAUGUUCAUAGGUUUAAAGGACAGAUCUUUUGAAUCAUGGCAUGAUUCACUUUCUCGAUCCGAACAAUGACUCAACUAACAAACGGAUUUAAAAAGUGAACACCAUGUGUUUAACUUUGAUAAGUGAAUUGCUACAUGGUAUAUCUGAAGGGCACAAAGGAAAAAAUGUGCUGAGUAGAUCUCUGUAUUUACAUUGUUCAUUAAGUUCCUGCUCUGUGUCCAGAUAACAAACCAUCCCUCCUCCACCUAACCUCACAGCUUUGCCCUAUUGUUUGGCAAAAUCUGUUUGAUUUGGACGUUGUCACCAAUGUGAAAACUUUGGAGGGAAAUGCCAAAUAGCAUAUGAAAUUUCAGUGUGGGCUUAGUACUAUAAGCAGUCCUGUUUCUGAAAGAAGCACAAUGUAUCACACAUCUCUAACCCAUGGCCACCUGGUCGGCACUAUUUCAAUUCCACUGAGAAUAGAAUCAAGAAUGCUCGAAGCUUAUUUGCAUUGUUACAAUGGGUUCUAUGCAAAAUUAUAUUUCUUAUUUUUAUCAAGUGAUUCCAUAUGAUAUAUAACUACAUAUUAGGAAUUUACUUUGCUAGGGGCAGAGAUAUAAAAUUCAGGCUAAAGAAUUUAUCCAUCCCAACAGGGGAGAGGGCAGAAAUGUGUUUGCAUACUUCAGGAUUUGUUUUUCCUCCACAGUAUACAGAAGCUUUCAUAGGAAACUUGCAUUGGUGUUCCUAAGUUUCUGCAUGCAGAUGACUAUAUAAAAUGCCUGUAUGUCUUUUUUUUAAAUCUCUUAAAGAGAUUUUCCUAGAGAAUUAUAAAAUUACACAUUUUAUUGUUAGAUUUUUAUUCUUAGAUUCUUAACAUCUAAAUUUAAGUGUUACUUUAAAUUCUGGUGAUAUGGUUACUCACCUUUUAUAUUCAGUUAGGAGGUGUUGAUUUUAGUGUUAUUUCUCCUCAGUACACCAUUUCUAAUAAUGGCUAAUACACCACCAAACAAAAACUGCUGAGAAUGUAAGGGAAAGCUAAAAUUUCCACUAGAUGGAGCAAUAUUUAGUUAUCCAAAACUCAUCCCUCCUUUCAUUCAAGUCUUUACAUUAUGUGUACAGUUCAAGUAAGUUUAUAGUGGAAUUUCAUUCUCAAUUACAUUCCCUAAACCAUCACCAGAUCUAAGCAUUCUACUUAACCAGACCCUCCCUGUGCUUCUCAAAUCUUUUAGCUCCCAUUUUCAGUCUUUGUAUGGCUUGCCCUACACCUGUAAAAUCUUCCCUGUCAUCCAUGAUUUUCCUGUUCAUUCAUCUUGACAACCUGUUAUCGCCAUCCUCAAAUACUUCGCUUUCAUUUUAAUUGUAAUUUAAUUAGAAUAUACUGACCUCCUCACAGAAAGCUGUUCUCCUUUGAUUAGUAACGCUUAAAAUACUAUUUAAAGUGGUCUUAGCCUGCACUUGCAUUUUCCUGAACUGUCUCAAAACAGCAUAAAUAUAAGAAUCCAUCAAAGUCAAGUACUGUAGGUAGAGAUUAGGAAGGGGAAGCAGCCGAUGACAGAUAGGUCUGACAUCAGUGAGGAAGCUGGAAGAGCACCCAGACCCAUCAGGGAAGCAACCAUUAUACUACGGUUAUAAUUGAGAAAAUGAAACAUUGUAGUCAGGACCUUGAUUAAAUAAAUUCAGCCUGCAAAAUGUUGAUCAAAGUUAACCUAUAACUCUGAUUAGGAUUUCAAUAGAAAAAAAUGUCAAAUUAAUUAGAAUCACCAUAUUUUAUAGCAGAUUUAGAAUCUCUUUUGGAAUUCGUGUACCCUGAUUAUUACCGUUCGGCGGGCCAAUUAAGUUUUAGAUAAUAUUCCUUUAACACCCGAUUGACUGAUGUCCCCCUCAGACACCCAUAUUAGUAUAAUGGUUUCAUCCCUCUUUUUCAUUUUUUAUUGACACUGAUGGUUAUAGAGACUUCCUUAUUGGAAUUUUCAUCUAUAUAAUAUGUAGACUUUGGGGACAGAACAGCAAAGGAUACAGUAUUAGAUUAUUCUGAUGAUAAAACCUAAUGUAUUCCUUGGAAUUUUAUAUAAAUCUUUUUGUUUCGGGGACAUUUUUUGUUUUCUUUUCCCCUAAAAUGAUGCAGGGUAGUGGAGGACUUGAUAUUUCUGAACACCUCUGACAUGAUUUACUUCUAAAUCCCUACCUCUCAUUUGAUAAGGUCAUUUAGGAAGUUGACAAUAAAUGACUAUGACCCUGUAGACGAAACAGAUUAGUGGCAUACACCGGCAUUUGGAGAGCCAGCCAGAAACUAAGUAUUUUGAUUCUGAUGCUACUACCCAAGAUGGAAUUUUACUCUCCAAUUGUGCUGGGGUUUUUUUAAUCAAAUCAUUAUUUUCUCAUGGGUUACUUUAAAAUAUCUUCCCCAUAAUUUCCAGGCAAUUGUAAAAAUAAACCUCACUUAAGGUACAUUGAAUACUACAUAAUAACUAUAUGUGUGGGGAAGGACCCGAAUGUGGUUUUCUGGAUAGGAGCAAACAGGGGCUUUUCAGUACAAAGGAGGCCACGUUGUCAGUGUUCCAAAGCUUUUGCUCUCUUGAUUAUUCUGGCCCCAUUCCAUUCAGCCCCUCCACUAAUCAAUCACUAGAUCCUGUUCCAAGGAGCAGUGGGAGGGGCUUUAGGGAGGAAAACCUGAUUAAUCUGUCUCUGCUUAGUACUGGUUACAGUUGUGGCCAGAGAAGCAUUCAUAAUCAUAAUCCGAAUUAUAUUUUUGUUAUUGCCUUGUGGAUUUUAAUUAUCCAUCUUGUCUAAACUUGUUCUCUGUCAUCCUGGAUAACAAAGUGUUUGUGGGAGCAGAGCUUCACACACACCAGGGGAUGUAAUAAAUGUUUGCACUUGGCUCAGUAUAUUAUGAUGUGGCACAGUAAAUAAAGUUUGUGUACAAAAUACUAGCUUAUUUCUAUGGGAGCCCUUAUGUUCAGGAUAUAUAAAAUGUAUCUAAUUAAAUCAUUAUGAAUCUAUUUUGUGCUCUAGAAAUGUUCUUUGGGGGAAAUAUGGGGAAAAAUGUGUCAGUGGAACUAAGAAAAUACUACGUAUCAAACCCAGAUUAAAUUUUCUAAGUCUGAA